CAGCCUAUCUGACCUGGUGGAACAGGCAAAUCUCAGGGAGAGGCCACCCCACAGAUGGAUCUUUCAGUAGAAACGCUGUACACUUUAAUGCAAGAGCGCCAGAAAAGGUAUGCCAAGUACGCCGAGCAGAUCCAGAAAGUCAACGAGAUGUCCGCCAUUCUCCGCCGCGUCCAGAUGGGCAUUGACCUAACGGUCCCACUGAUGGAGAGGCUGAACAGCCUGCUGCCCGAGAACGAGCGGCUGGAACCCUUUUGUAUGAAACCGGACAGGGAGCUCAAGUUAUAGCUUCCAUCCAGCCCUCUCUUCUCAGGCUUGACUGCAGGACCUUGCUUGAAGCUUCAGGCUCAGGGUGAUUAAAAGAAUUACGGUGAUUUCCUGCCCAACACAAUUCCAUAUGCAGACUGGAAACUGGUUGGAGGAUAUCGCCGUGGGGGUCUCGUCUAAUUGCUGUCAUCCAUCUUUGAGCUGAUUACCAAGCUUUUCCUUCCACAAGUUUUUGGGGCUGACAUUGUUGGACAUUUGAUAGUGUGCCACUUUCUCCCCCCACUUCUUUUUUGUUUUAUGUAUAUUUAAAAAAACCCGUUUGCUAUUCUAGCAUGGUGCAUUUUUUUUUUCAUUUGAAAUCGUUUUGAUAACUUGUUGUAUUGUUAUUGGGAACUCCUAUGAGUGCCCUGUUUGAAAUAGUAGCAGAUGCAUAUUUAAUAAACAUUACACAACGUUGCUUACAGAAGAGGCAUUUCAAUUUUUUACUUGGAAAGUCUGUUCUAAUCACCAGGAAAAGAUUUAGCUGUAAUUCCGAAAGUCCCUAACUUUUGGUUGCUCUUCUCUGCGAAAUGUUCUAUUUCGAUGGAUUUAUUUCCAGAAACUAAACCAUCGUUUAAGAAAGGAAUACAUAUUAAAUGCAAUAAAACUGCAUUCAUAUUUUAUUGUAUAACAACUCUAGUCAAGAA